UCUGCUGGGCCACUCUGAUGGUGGCUGCUGCCCCGCCGCUGGCGGGUCCCGUGUUUGUGCCGGGGCAGCGAAGGGCAUUGCAGCAUUCCCGAAGUAACAGCGGUUCCUUUUAAUAGAAUUUGCCCUUAAGAAGCAGUAACCGAAGGGUUCCGCUACUGCCGCUGCUUGCUGCCCUCGGACUGCGUAUGUAUCCCCCGCUAGCCCCCGCGGGGUCACUCCAGGAAGCGGCGGGUUUGGAAUAUGAUUUGUUSUCGUUCUCCCGAGCAGGGGGAGACGCCGUAUAUGGUCGGCUGUUGUGGAGCUGCAUCGGUUUUCCUGAUGAGUUGCUGUGUGUGGCGAUGCCUUUUAUUUCUGUCCAUCUAACAAAGCAAAUUUCACAUUUUUCCAAGCAGUUGCCAAUUSUUGUUACCUCUUCUGCGUUGUGCACCCACAGAAACUUGACUGUAGGUGCUUUAAAAGGACGAGAGCUUGGUCCUUGUGCUGCAUAGCCCCUGGGUACAAGCUCCCAGAUCUGUACCCUGUAAGAAGUGGUUUAACUGCUYUGCUAUUUCACCCAAAUUCGGGUGGGUUGAGAUCAAAUAUCUUAGCCUGAAUCGGUGUUUCUCGAGUUAAUCAGGUACCUCCUGCUUAUUCAUAUGCUCCUUUUUUCAAGAGAUGCGCUUUAGUCUUGUUUCGAGAGCGCUGUCAGCCUCUUAAAUGCGUGUUUUACUUUUUUGUGUGUGUGUGUGUAGCACACAUGAAUACACCCCUUUCUCCUCGCACAUUGGGUCUUGGCUUCUGGAAAAACCCACUCGGUAUCCUGAACGCCUUCAAUAUAGGACUCUGCAGCAAUGCUGGAAUUGCUGUGCUUCCUUUAAGAUAUGGAUAUAAAAGAAAAAAAGAACUCUUCUGUUGGAUUUARUUUACCGUCUGUAGCCAAAAUCCAGGAGCUGACCUAUGCAGUGUCUACUCCUUAAACUCUAUUCAUUAGAAGUGUGGCCUCACUGUGCUGGCAUUCCGUGACUGGAUCUCAUCCCGGUACCGAGUUCCACGACCCGGCUGCUGCUCGUGGAACAGCCUCUGACUGAACUGAACCCGUGACGUUGCUUUAAUCUUCCUAAAAUCUGGUUUACUCAGGCUGUGAACGUUCCCUGACAUUGCUGAAUCUGCUCAGAUUUUUCAGUAYCAGAUGCUGUUCAGAGAGGCGCCCAGCUCACAGCACCGGCAGGUCCGCACCGCAGCGAGAGGCCGCAGCACUCCAUCGCUCUGCGUACAGCAGCAGCAGCAGCAGSAACCUGAAAGCACCCACCACCGGCGACCGGAGCCCCGCGGAACGCUGCGGCUGUGCUUGGGGACGGGCGGGGCCAYUUCCGCGGGGCCCGGCAUGGCUUCCGGGAGAGGCGUGGCUCGCUGCGGCCCUCGGUGCGGUUUCGUUCGGCUCCGCGCCCACGGCUGCCGCUAUGGCCCGCAAGAAGCUGCACCGGCCUAUCGCCGCCAUGGCCAAGAAGAUCCGCGAGUACCAGGCGCUAAAGGAGCGGCCGCGGGACUCUCAGCGCUUUGCUGUGGACUACGAGACCAUGCGGCGGCCGCUGACGCAGAAACGACUGCCGGUACGGGCCUGGGAGGACGUGCGGAACGAGAAGCGGCUGUUCGCGCUGCUCUGCCGCCUGCCGCGUUUCGGCGUGGGCCGUAUCGUCACCCGCAAGUCCUGGCUCUGGGCGCACGACGAGCCCUGCUACUGGGUCAUCACCAAGGUGAAGGCGGACUACACGGCCGAGAACAUGGACUAUGGAAGAGCCUGGGGCUACCUGACCUUCAAAGGCAAAACUGAAGAGGAAGUGAGGGAGAUUGACAAAGCCAUGUACCAUGACUGGCGUAUGGUGCCCAAACACGAGGAGGAGGCCUUCAAGAAAUUCACCCCRGUGCCUGAGGAGACUGUUCGGUUCCUACCAUACCCACCCCUGCUCCGAGCCAUGAUCCUUGCACAGUGGCAGAAGGAGGGAAAACRAAUAAUGAAGGAGCCAGUUAUUGAUCUGGAGAAGGUCAUGGCCUCUCCCCAAGAGCGGUUAAAGAAAAAAGGUACAGGGACACCGGUAUAAAGACUUCUUCUGUGUCCUGAGCAUCUCACGUGCCCUCAAUGUCUACUGGAAGCCCAGUGCACAGGACUCUUAGAGAGUCCCCUGUGCCUAUUGUGGUAGGAUGUUUCCAAACUUUCUCCUCAGCCGUGUACAGUCACCUCAUCUGAAAGGGAAGAUGCAGAUACAUUCAGACUCUUACCAUAACUUUGGUUUCAGUCAGCAGAGGAGUCUUCUUGGUUCCCUGGAUAGYCUCUAAAUACAUAGCUCUAGUCAGCCAGCUGCAGUUUUUUGGAGCAUAAAAUUUUUUACAUAACUUGGGUCCUGCAUGRAUCACAGAAAAAUGACUGUGAGUAUCACAGUAUUUCACAGAGCURUGAAAAAAUGUAUCUGAAAAUGGAAAUAAAUGUUUUCUUAAUUCUUCAGCACA